AUGGCGACCGAGUUGACCGUCCAGUCGGAACGUGCGUUCCAGAAGCAGCCUCACAUCUUCGUCAACCCCAAGACCAAGGCCAAGAGCAAGAAGGUCGGUCAGGGCCGGAGAUGGUACAAGGACGUCGGUCUGGGUUUCCGUACCCCCAAGAACGCCAUUGAGGGCAACUACAUCGACAAGAAGUGCCCCUUCACUGGUCAGGUCUCCAUCCGUGGCCGUAUCCUGACCGGCCGUGUCGUCUCUACCAAGAUGCACCGUACCAUCGUCAUCCGCCGUGAAUACCUCCACUACGUCCCCAAGUACAACCGUUACGAGAAGCGCCACAAGAACCUUGCUGCUCACGUUUCUCCCGCUUUCCGUGUUGAGGAGGGUGACUGGGUUACCGUCGGCCAGUGCCGUCCCCUGUCCAAGACCGUCCGUUUCAACACCCUGCGUGUCUUGCCCCGUACCGGUAAGGCCGUCAAGGCUUUCAGCAAGUUCUAA